AUGGGCCCAGCCCUGGUCCUCCUGGUGCAGUUCUGGGGUGCCAAAAGCAAGCUUUUCUACUCAGCCGUCCUCUUCUCCCUUUUUACCAUUCAGACCCCUGAGAGGCCCUCCCUGACCACCCUCAAUCAUAAGACCACACGUGUACACACACACACACACACUGAGAAAGGCCUCACUCCCCUCUUCUGCCUCCCGGCCCUGCAAGGAGCCACAGGUCUGAGUGUGCAAUAGGGACCUAAGUUGCCGCAGGGAAGGCAGGACAGCCAAGUGACCUUGACCUGUCAGGUGGCACAGUCUCAGGCCUGGAGAGCUCCUUGUCGGUGGACCAAGGACAGUGCUACCUUGUGCCCACCGGACAUCGCCAGCAGCAACCUGCCUGGAGUCUGUGGGCCUCAGGGAUGGCUCUUCCGGAGACCACCUGGCAACCUCACUUUGCAGCUGGACGCGAGUAUCAACCACAGUGGGAACUGCUUGUGCUGAGCAGCCAUGGAGACUCCUGAAUUGGUAGAGGCCAAGGGCAAUGCGGCUCCGGGGCACAGGUGUGAGAGCAAGUGGGGAGAAGAGCUCUACAGCAACAUCCUCUGCUGGCCCUGGGGCUCCCGAAGGGACGGAGGCCAGGCCUGGCGGGGGGAGGAGCUGGACAUCCCAGGGAGGACCACCGGGCUGUACCCUCUAUUCCACCGCGUUUCCCCAUACCCAACACUCGGUGGCAUCUGGCCCCCAAACCUUGCCCCAGCCCCAGCCCGUCACCCCACGUCCACAGGCAGACUCUCUCCCGGCCCAGGCUUCUCUGGGCAGCCAAGGCCAAGGGGGUUCCUUGAAGUGGGAAGAGGAGCCAGACCCCGGGGACUCAAAGAAGACCCCCCAGUGGCUACACAGGAUGUGACUGGUCCCAGGAGCCCAGCAGCCCCUCCUGAGACCCCUGUCCUUAUUCCUUUGACCGUGGACCUCUGCCUUGCCCCCAGAAAACCCAAUAAAGGCUCAUGAAGAAAGCAAAGCCAGAUUUUGUGGCAAAUUGGAGGCGCCAAAAAGAUUCCAGGAGUCACCUGGAGGUCCCGGGGUGGCUGGGAGGUCCAUAGGGCAAAGGGGCUCUGUGAUGACUCCCCUCUCAUCCUUGGCGGGACAUGCCUGAUUAGCAGACAAGCGAUGCCCCAGCCUCCGAUGUGCCCGGAGCAGGAAGCCCCUCUGCCCAGCUGGUACCCCAGGCAGGCUAGGAGGGGGUGAGGAGGGAGAUGGGACUCCCUGGCACUGUCAGCCUCCUGGGUCUCCGGCCCAGGUCACCUUGAAGGCACACCAGCUGGGCCCAGCUCCCCUCCCCCACUCCUGCCGUUUCCAUGGGGACAGAUGUCCUUUCAGCAGCAUCUGCCUCACCAGGCCUCAGCUGCCCGCCCCAAUGGGGAGGGGAAAGCGGGCGGGGGUGGGGGUGGGGCUGGCCUGAGAGCCCUCUCUGGGUUUCUUGAUCUUUUUUAUCUGCUGGACUCCACUGACUCUGAGUUUUGGUCCCUCCCUGUGAGCCGUUCAGGCUCCAGUCG